AUGGCUACAUCACCAGUCUUUAUAAAACCAUCAAUUCCUGAUGAGUUGACAUUCGAUAGUAGAUGGAAGCAAUUAGAGAAUAUGUUGGCACAGCGUACUUUGAAGAGUCCUGACCAAGGUUCUGUCAUCGAUACUUUCAAAACUACACUUACAACAGCACUUGGUUUCAUCCCUAAAGUCGGUAUGUUUCUUUAUUGUUUAUUUAAACAAAACAAUCUAUUUGUUAUGAUUGAGACUUUAAUAACUAAUAAUAGUUCAAAUAAAGGUGGAUAUAUUUCGGGUGUAACUGAUAUCUUCUUUACCUACUUGAUUGAGAAUGACAAGGCCAUCAAUAACUCUGUCAAAUCUUACCGAUCAAUGUUGAUUGCAAUCGUUGACAAAAAUAUCACCCAAUAUGACGACGCAGCUUUAAAGGCAUCGAUCUAUGGUUGUGCUCUUUCUCUUAAGGAUUUUCAAUCGCAUGUUCUCAAUCUAAGAGGUCACCCAAACAAUGCAUCCCUGAAACAAAUGGUUAGAAUUGCUUUCAUGAAUUUAGAGAAUGACAUUGAAUGUAAAUAUAUCUUUGACUGUACCAAACAAAAAUAUUUAAUUGAAGAACUUCCAAUGUACACUUAUUUUGCUACUGCACAUUUAAGUUUGUUAAGAGAAGCAGCUAUUUAUGGAAAGGAUUGGGGAUUUGAUGAUGCAACUAUUAAAUAUUAUAUUGAUAAAUUUGCUGCCAGACAUAACGACUAUGUAGAUCAUUGUCAAGCCGCGUAUGACGAUGGAUAUGCCAAAAUUACCAAAAGUACAGCUAAUAAUAAAUAUACCUAUGAUCAAUGGAAUGCUCUAAAUAAGUAUAGAAACUUUAUGAUUACAACUGUUUUUGAUUUCGUAAACAUUUGGUGGUUAUUUGAUCCAAGAUUUGAAAAUAAAUUUGGUGCCUAUGUUGAAUAUUGUAGAACUCUUCAUUCUGAUUUGUUUGGUGCUACCAUUUAUAAUAACAAUUACGAUCAUACACUUGACAAGAUCACCAAUGCUUUUGAUAACCAGAAACUCUAUCAAUACAAGAACGAGCUAUACAAGAUUAAGACUAGUUCCAAUGAGUUCAGAAUCAAUUCAUUCCAGCCAUUCUACAAUGUCUCUGAUACCACCUAUGGUGUUAGCCUGCAAAGUGGUAAUCAAAUCAAAGGAACUCUCAAAGACACCGAUGUCACCGUAGAGAAUGUUUGGACUCAGAACCAAAACACUACCAAAGUCAAGGUGUGUCAUGAUCUGUUGCCAAGAUACUUUGAGUUUCUAGAUGGAGGUGUCACACCAAAGAAAUUUGGUAUGGACGUAGAUGUCUAUGCAGACUAUCCACAUGAGCCGGAAGAAGACACCUGGUACGAUACUCACACCGGAAAUAAAUCGAUUGGAGGUCGUGUAGAAACCGUCCAAUUCGAUGGACAUAGACUAUGCAAUAUCUAUGCUCUUUGCAAUAAUAGCAAUGAAUUCUAUACCUAUCUUCCAAUUAAUCCAACUGGAGGCACCGGUGUUCCAAUUGGAAACAGUGAAGGAGCCACCACCGGAAUAGGUUUUUCUUUCAUAAAUCAGUUGGUUUGUGAGCGUAACAUCAUCUACGACGGUGCCUACACUGUGAUUGACCCACAGAAAUAUUUGUAUUCACCAGCGCCAACGGGAAUCGAUUUCAAAGCCGACGGUGCUUUCCCAGGUGGUCACCAAAUCUGGUUGAAGAAAGGUGGUUCCAUUUCGUACAACUUUGAUCCUUACGACUCGAGAUACACCACAUUCGCCAUUCAUGUAAAACUCUCUGCCAAAGCCAGUGGUAAGCUUACUAUCACCAACAAAAAUAAUACCACAGAGGAUUACAGUUGGACAAACGAAGUAAAGAGAACUAUUAUUCUAGGAGAUGUUGUAUUUUCACUAAAUCAAACACCAGGAUCAAAUAUUUUCACUUUUACAACAGAUGCCAAUUUAUGGUUGGAAGCAUUCAUCUUUAAACCAACGUCAAUCAGUAAAUAA